AGGGGCUCUGGGGUUAUAGCUUGGAGCGAGGCACCCAGGGGCCAAGUCUUGAGGCGUCCUGGAGGGACGUGAGCUGGCAUGAAGCGGCGAAAAGGCGACGGUGCCGACUCCGAGGUGGGUCAAGGGCCGGCACAGGAGUCGCGAUCCUCGGACUCUUCCGCGCUCCAGUUCCGGAUAAGCGAGUACACGCCGCUCAACAUGGGAGUGGAACAGCCCCGGAGCCCGGAGCUGAGGCAGGAAAACGUCACCCAAUACGAAGAUGGCGGGGCUCCGGUGGGAGAUGGCGAUGCGGGCACCCAACAGCCCGAGGACCUCCCUCAGAAUCCUCCAGAAGAUCCCCCUCAGGAUCCCCCCGAGGAUGAUAGCACCUGUCAGUGCCAGGCCUGUGGGCCUCAGCAAGGCGCCGGUCCAGAUCUUGGUUCCUCCAAUGAUGGCUGCCCUCAGCUCUUCCAGGAGCGGUCAGUCAUAGUGGAGAAUUCCUCAGGCCGUGGCAGCACUUCCGAGCUUCUCAAACCCAUGAAGAAGAGGAAGCGCAGGGAAUACCACAGCCCAUCAGAGGAGGAGUCUGAGCCAGAAGCCAUGGAGAAGCAAGAAGAAGGAAAGGAUCCAGAGGGACAACCCACCACUAGUAUCCCAGAGAGUGAGGAGUGGAGCAGCAGCCAGCCUGCGACAGGUGAGAAGAAGGAAGGCUGGUCAUGGGAGUCCUACCUAGAGGAGCAGAAGGCCAUCACUGCCCCAGUCAGCCUCUUCCAGGACUCCCAGGCAGUCACUCAUAACAAGAAUGGCUUCAAACUGGGGAUGAAGUUGGAAGGCAUUGACCCUCAGCACCCGUCCAUGUAUUUCAUUCUCACCGUGGCUGAGGUGUGUGGCUAUCGCCUACGUCUGCACUUUGAUGGGUAUUCCGAGUGCCAUGACUUCUGGGUCAAUGCCAACUCCCCUGACAUUCACCCUGCUGGCUGGUUUGAGAAGACUGGGCACAAGCUGCAGCCUCCCAAAGGUUACAAGGAGGAGGAGUUCAGCUGGAGCCAGUACCUGCGCAGCACAAGAGCUCAGGCUGCCCCCAAGCACCUGUUUGUGAGCCAGAGCCACAGCCCCCCACCCCUGGGCUUCCAGGUGGGCAUGAAGCUGGAGGCUGUUGACCGCAUGAACCCGUCCCUCGUCUGUGUGGCCAGUGUGACCGACGUGGUGGACAACCGCUUCUUGGUGCACUUUGACAACUGGGAUGAUACUUACGACUACUGGUGUGAUCCCAGCAGCCCCUAUAUCCACCCGGUGGGCUGGUGCCAGAAGCAAGGAAAGCCCCUUACCCCUCCACAAGACUACCCAGACCCUGACAGCUUCUGUUGGGAGAAAUAUCUGGAAGAAACUGGGGCCUCCGCUGUGCCCACCUGGGCCUUCAAGGUGCGACCCCCUCACAGCUUCCUGGUCAACAUGAAGCUGGAGGCUGUGGACCGCAGGAACCCAGCCCUGAUCCGUGUGGCCAGCGUGGAAGAUGUGGAGGACCAUCGGAUAAAGCUCCAUUUUGAUGGCUGGAGUCAUGGCUAUGAUUUCUGGAUCGACGCUGACCACCCAGACAUCCACCCUGCGGGCUGGUGCUCCAAGACAGGACAUCCCUUGCAGCCUCCUCUCCCCCCCAGAGAGUCCAGCUCUGCCUGCCCUGGGAGCUGUCCCCCUCUUAGCUAUCGGAACCUGCCCAACACUAAGACCUCCAAAUAUAGCUUUCACCACCGGAAGUGCCCCACUCCUGGUUGUGAUGGCUCUGGCCAUGUCACAGGCAAGUUCACAGCUCACCACUGCCUGUCGGGCUGCCCACUGGCCGAGAGGAACCAGAGCCGGCUGAAAGCAGAGCUGUCUGACACAGAGGCCUCAGCCCGCAAGAGGAAUCUCUCAGGCCUGUCCCCUAGGAAGAAGCCUCGCCAUCACGGCCGAAUUGGACGCCCUCCCAAGUUUCGGAAGAUUCCGCAGGAAGAUUUCCAGACACUCACCCCUGGUGUCAUGCAACAGUCCCUCUUCAUGUCUGCCUUGUCUGCCCACCCUGACCGCUCACUCUCAGUGUGCUGGGAGCAGCACUGCAAGCUCCUGCCAGGAGUGGCAGGUAUCUCAGCCUCGACAGUCACCAAGUGGACCAUCGAUGAGGUCUUCGGCUUUGUUCAGACCCUGACAGGUUGUGAGGACCAAGCACGUGUCUUCAAAGAUGAGAUGAUUGACGGCGAGGCCUUCCUUUUGCUGACACAGGCGGACAUUGUGAAGAUCAUGAGCGUCAAGCUGGGCCCAGCCUUGAAGAUCUAUAACGCCAUUCUCAUGUUCAAAAAUGCUGAUGACACCUUAAAGUGA